AUGUCGUCAAGCACAACCCAGGUCGCUCUGCCCGAUGCUUUGAAGGACAUCUUCGAUUUCGACGAAGCCGAAAAGGUUGUCGCAAAGUACCCCUGCUGGUACCUCCAAAGUGUCCUCCUACAGGGCUAUAUAUAUAUCACCCAGCGCCAUAUCUGCUUCUACGCCUAUCUCCAGAAGAAGACUGGCGUGACCAUCAAGUCCGGCUACUUGACCAAACGAGGUCAGCGUAACCCUCGCUACAAGAAGUACUGGUUCGUGCUCAAAGGGGAUGUCUUGUCAUAUUACAAGGACCCUUCGACUCCUUUCUCUCCGAGAGAUGUCAUAGAUUUGCGUUAUGGAGUUUCGGCAGACCUUACAGCAGCACAGGGCCAGGAUAAAGAAAGCACAUCCUUCUCUGUCACUACAGAUGCCAAAAUCUACAACUUCAAAGCAGAGACUGCUUCCAGUGCAUCAGAAUGGGUCAAGCAAAUACAAAAGGUCAUCUUCCGAUCACGCAACAACAGCGACAGUGUCAAGAUCUGUCUGCCAGUCGAUAACGUUGUCGACAUCGAGGAAAGCAACUAUCCUGAAUUUGCCGAUACUAUUAAGAUUCGAGUUAUUGACAACGAUGAGACAUUUGCUGUCGACGAGUACUUCUUCUCUUUCUUUGGAUUUGGCGAAGAGGCACUUCGCGUGCUACGAAGCUUGACUCAGGAGACAAGCGCUCAGCGAGUGCUUGCAAGUCGCCCUGUCUCUCCAGUCAUCACCAUGUCUGAUCGUCGACCUUCAUCAACACAUGGAAGAAGAUCGCGUUUGCCAUCGAUGAGUCCUGCUCCUGGAGGUAUUCAUGAGAACGUCACGGCUACUUUGUCCCCUGCGUCUGGCCUCACUUCUAGAAGUGCUCGGUCAAGCAGCGAACUGGAACGCUCUACUCUCGACUUGACUCAAGGAAGAGAAGAAGCUCUGGCAAGUCGUCCUACAACACAGCGGAAUAGCCAAAAACAAAAGUGGGGUGCAUUCCAGCAGGAUUCUUCUGAAUCGUAUGUGUCAUCCUCGGAUCAAGGCAACGACAGCGAAAUGUCAGAAUCUGCAGCUGGAACGGAUGCUUCGGGUAGCCACAUACUUAGUGGAAGUAUCAUGUUCCACAAGCCAACCAUCGGAAAGCAUCACACUGAUAACGUUGCAUUGCAUGGUGCGAAGGCUAGCCCUCAAACAGACGCGCCGUUUGCUUCUUCGAAUGAAGCUGGCAAGGAACCUGAGGUUAGGGCUUCAACAAGGAAGACUUCCGACACACAAAUGCAAGACAUGCGACAAUCAGAUUCCUCGGCCUUAGGAGGAUUGAUGAAGGUCGGAGCUGUUCCUAUCCAGCGCGCCUCGGGUUUCCUGUAUAACUCUAGCAAGCGCGUCAGUGGUCUGUUCGGGAGCUCGCCCUUGGAGUACUAUGACAAGUUCUCCGGGAUGAUUGCUGGUGGUAAGAAACACUAUGCAGAAGCAGACGAACUGGUGCCCGGAGAAGAAGUACACGAUUCUGAAGACGAGAUGACCGUUCGUGAGGCUGAAAAGAGCUUCCGCAACCACUUCGCCUUGCCAGAUUCUGAGAAGCUCGUGGCAACUUUCUUCGGUUUCUUUCAUCGAGUCUUGCCUUUGUACGGAAAGCUGUAUGUGGGCACUACGAGGUUAUGUUUCCGCAGUUUCAUCCCUGGCAAUUGGACCAAGCUUGUUGUCCCGUUCAAAGACAUCAUGGAUGUUGACAAGGAAAGAGGGUUUCGAUUCGGCUACUCAGGCAUGGUCGUUGUGAUUCGAGGCCACGAGGAAAUCUUCUUCGAGUUUGGAUCGCAAGAUCUUCGGGACGACUGCACCAUUACUCUCCUGCGAUCCUUGGACACGACAGAGCCUUUCCAGGAGUCUGUACUUCUAACAGAAGAUGAGAAGCGCGAUGCCGAGGCAGCAGCGGCAGAGAACCUCUUGCUACAAGAAGCUCGACAGGGCGAUCAAGGCGGUGUGGAGUCUCAGCCGCCUCGCAGCCUCGAUCAGUCAGACCGCGAGUCACCAGCCAUCUUCUUUGACGAUCCGGCGGCUUCUGUUCUGGACUUCAAGCCUGAAGGAUCUCUUCGAAUCACUUGCUUGACUAUUGGCUCUCGUGGUGACGUUCAACCGUACAUCGCUCUGUGCAAGGGCUUGCUUGCCGAAGGCCACAGACCAAAGAUAGCCUCUCAUGCCGAGUUUGGUGACUGGGUACGAAGCCAUGGCAUUGACUUCGCACCUGUCGAAGGUAAUCCAGCGGAAUUGAUGGCUCUCUGCGUUGACCAUGGCAUGUUCACUCCCUCUUUCCUCUACGAGACCAAUCAAAAGUUCUGGCCUUUUGUCAGAGGUUUGCUCAAGACAGCUUGGGCCGCUUGCCAGGACUCCGACUUGUUGAUCGAGAGUCCCUCUGCCAUGGCUGGUAUCCACAUCGCGGAAGCUCUUGGUAUUCCUUACUUCAGAGCCUUCACUAUGCCCUGGACCAGAACGCGCGCCUACCCUCAUGCGUUCGGCAUGCAAAAGUCCAGGAUGGGCGGAGCCUACAACUACAUGACAUACGUUCUAUUUGAGAAUAUAUUCUGGAAGGCCACCUCGUUUACGAUCAACAAGUGGCGCAAAGAGGAUCUAGGCUUGAAGGCUACUAGUAUGGAGAAGAUGCAGCAGGACAAAGUCCCUUUCUUCUACAACUUCUCGCCCAGCGUAGUCGUUCCUCCUCUGGAUUUCGGCGAAUGGAUCCGAGUAACAGGCUACUGGUUCCUCGAUGAAGCGAAUGGAUUCAAACCGCAAAAGGAGCUUGUCGAAUUCAUCAAGAACGCGCGAGCGGACAAAGCAAAGCUUGUGUACAUCGGAUUUGGAUCGGUGGUUGUUCCCGACCCAAAGCAACUUACUCAAGACAUCAUCGCCGCAGUGAGAAAGGCCGAUGUCCGCUGUAUCCUGUCCAAAGGCUGGUCUGACCGUAUGGACAAGGGCAAGGCCAAAGCCCUGGAGGUGCCAUUGCCAGAUUUCAUGUUUCAGAUCGCAUCUGCCCCGCAUGAUUGGCUGUUCCGACAAGUAGAUGCCGCUGUCCAUCAUGGCGGAGCAGGAACGACUGGUGCUAGUCUUCGCGCUGGUAUCCCGACCAUCAUCAAACCCUUCUUUGGCGACCAGUUCUUCUUUGGUAGCAAGGUUCAGGAUCUCGGAGUUGGACAAAAGGUUCUGACAGUGACUGAAAACGCAUUGGGCAAGGCGAUAUGGAUUGCGACUCACGACUCACGCAUGAUCGAGAAGGCCAGAAUUCUGGGAGAGCAGAUCCGCUCAGAAGAUGGUGUCGGAACUGCCAUCAAGGCUAUGUACCGGGACAUGGAGUACGCAAAGACACUGGUGCAACAACGCGUGGCCAGGGCGGCUCAAGGCGACACAGAUGCCGAGGACGAAGAAGAGGCAGAGGUUGAAGAUAGCUGGACGUUGGUUGAGAACGACAGCGACCCGGAUGCGACGAGCCCGACGGCUAUGAUGCAGCCACAAUCACCCUCAUUGGGUAAUAGCAAGGGGAAGAGCAAGUUGGGGCUGAAGUAUCUGCCGCUCAGAAGCUGA